CUCUCCGAGUCAUCCAAGUUUAUCAGGAUGGCAGCGAGCAAAUCGUGAAGGAGGUCUCCAGCACAGAUGCAGUAUCUACUAAAAGCACACUGAGCUGGAGCUCUCUGCUCCUGGAUCUGUCUAGCUCGGGAAUUUCUUUCACCCUCGUGUUUGAGGCUGAAAAUAAGAAUCAAGGCUCAGUAUUAAUUGAUGACGUCACGACGUAUGACAGCCUGUGCAGUAACGUCAAGGAUACCCAGCAAGGGAAACCUUCACAGUCAGAUUCUAAAAAAGGAGGUCACUAUCUGCUAGCAAGCAGCUCGGGUCGGAAGAGAGGAGACGUAGCCGUUUGGUCCAGCGGUGUGGAGUAUACGAUCAGGUAUAGUGCAUGCCUGGACUUCUACUCCAUCGUCACAGGAGACAACGAACUCAAGCUUUUCUUAGACGUUGAUGACAGUCGAACCUUGUUGUACUCCCAGACGACUGGAGAUCCAGAGCCACUGUGGAAACAUCAUCGCGUAGAGUUCAGUCAGGAGAAUGGGAACCCUUACACCCAGAUCUUCUAUCAGGCUGGAGUGGGCGCCGUUGCCUCAGGCUAUGUGGCUCUGGAUGACGUGUAUUUGUACAACGCGCCGUGUCCCCCUGACGCGUCUUGUGACUUUGAAGGAGGCACCUACUGUGGCUGGAGUCCCGAGCUCAUGAACUCCUUCAGGUGGAGAGUGCAGCAGGCACAACAAUCCCCUACACUAGCUCCGCCCAUCGACCACACCUACCACACCACGGAAGGCUACUACCUUUUCCUCCAAGGUAGCAGCAACAAAGACGAGGAGCCAGCGCGUAUUUUGAGUCCCCAGCUGACCGCCGACAGUGGGCGUUGCCUCAGCUUUUGGUAUCGCGGUAGUUAUCAAGGGCCCAUCCGGUCUCCUUCCACGCUCUCCACUGUCACGUCUUUGGCCAUCAGCGUUAGGGACGAACGUGGUCUGGAAAAUCCUGUGGUCACACUAUCCCCUACGUCAGAGUGGUCACAUGCCAGAUAUCCACUUCAGCGGAUUAGUUUGGACAAAUUUCAGGUUGUGUUUGCAGGCACAAGCCAUGACCCUUUAUCUGACAUAGCAGUAGAUGACAUUGAGUUUCUCCCUAAUGAAUGUGAUGACGUGUUCAGCUGUGACUUCGAGAACUUAGAUACGUGUGGCUGGACGGGCGAUUCGGUUCUCGGUGACGUCUGGCAAGUGGAAACAGACCCUGAGGACUACAAUCACUACCUACGAGUUCCCUUACAGCCGGUGCAAGCAGGGGAGGCUAUCGCCUUCCGAUCACAGCAAGUUCCAGCACUCGGAAUGGACAAUAUUUGUUUUUCUAUACGCUAUUUAACGACUGGUUCCGAUAGCGUCUCGCUCAACGUCACGCUGGAGGCGCCAGGCCAAGAACCACAGACACUGCUCAACAUACAGGGAGAAGUCUCCACCUGGAGCACUCUACAAGCCAGCUCCAGCAUACAGGAGGAGACGAGCGUGUUUACCGUUGCUGUGAUUUUAUCACGCGGAGACGGGAGCAACGUAACAGUUCUCUUGGAUGAUCUCUCUCUGAACUUUCAACCCUGUGAAGAUAUCGAUGAAGACUCGAAAAUCUUCUUUUGCCAAGACGACGCCAACACAAAAUUGCCGUACACACAGGUCUGUAACUUCCAUUUUGACUGCCCUGAGACGUCAAUGGAUGAGGUCAACUGUGCUGACUGCGACUUCGACUCAAUUGAUUACUGUCAGUGGAGAGAUCAGAGUGAAGGAGUGCUGGAGUUUACACAUGUGCAGUCCGUCAACAUCUCUUCUGGAUUUCUCAUUCACCAUGACGGUGAUCCUAUGGGCAAGUUCUUGACCACACAACACUACAUUGGGUCCAGGAGUCUGUUCGCCGAGCUGGUCCUACAGCAGAACCUGGGACCCUCGGCAGACUCGUGUCAGAUGACCUUCUGGUAUUACGUGGCUCCCGAACAAGGAACAAGCACAGGAAAAUUCAUUGGCCCAUGCCGACCAACAGAGCUUAAGUGCAGUAACUCUGGUUACUGUCUUCCGGCUGAUCACAUCUGUGACCUCACAGACGAUUGCGGGGACGGAAGUGACGAAAGCCAAUGUGACGCCUACAUAAUGGAUGACUUUGAAACAAGUCUCGACAUUUGGAAACAAGAUGACUAUGAUAGUUUUGAUUGGACAUUGCAGCAGGGUCAGUCAGUCAACCUCCUGUACGGGCCCAGAAGGGACCACACUCUAGGGACUCACUUAGGCCAUUACCUUCUAUUGUCCGGUUUUGGGCACAUCAAGGGAGAGAAGGCACGCCUCUUGAGCCCCGUCUUCUUGGCCACAGCGAACCCACAGGACUGUAAGCUCCGCGUUCACUGGUAUAUGUACGGGCCUCACCGCGGCACGCUACGAAUCCUGCAGAAGAUCUAUCAAAAUGGCGGCGAGAGGGAGAUUUACUCACACACAGACUCCACUCAGGACAUUUGGUGGGCCAAGGAGUUUGAUGUUGGAUCAGAGCAGAACUUUCAGAUUGUCAUCGAGGGUCAAGUCGCUGGGUCCUACAUGGCCGACAUAGGAGUAGAUGACAUCAGCUUCACCCCACUGUGCCGGGUCGCAGUCUCCCAAACUCUGUCCUCUGGCCCCGUCCUCCCUGAGCCCAUCUGUGAUACAGUGACCCAGUUCCAGUGUACCGAAGAAACCGCCAGUUGUGUGCUGAAGUCCCAGGUCUGUGACUUCAUGCGGCAGUGCAGGGAUGGCUCAGACGAAGCCUUGUGCUGGUCGUGUAACUUUGAGCAGGACACGUGCGGCUGGCGAGAUCUGAGCUCUGGCUCCAUGAUGUGGGUGUUGGCUCGGGCUGACAACGUCACAGCACCGGACAUAGGGUACGACAGCACCUGGGGACAACUUGGCAAAGGAAAGUACAUGAAGCUAGCAGAUGGCCUUGGCGUAACCCAUUCCCGCCCUAUCCUGACGGGUCCGAAACUCCCAGAGACGGACGACGCUUGUACGAUGGAGGUCAUGGUUUAUACAGCCGGCGCAGACAGUGGAAUACUCUACUUUGGUGUGUUUAACGAAUCGUCGCCGACAGGCCUAGAUGGAGGCUACUCCAAUAAGAUUGUCCCCCACACUCUCAACUGGACCAGCUUCCAAUUCCAGAUAGGUCAUGUUCAGGCAGGGUACCAGCCGUAUAUAAUGGCCAGCAACGACUUUACAAGUUCUGGCGACUGGACACUUGCAAUAGACAACAUAUCCUUCAAAAACUGUCUCAGAGGAGUCCCCUUGGAUGUUUCUGGCGUCAACUGCACAUUUGACCAAGGCACUUGUGGGUACGUCCAGCCUGUCCAGUGGAUAACGUCAUCGAUGUCAGCAUCAGGCCAUGCACACAUAGCAGUGACAACUGACCAUACGGGUCAAGGGGCGUUCCUAUACUUGUCGGAGGACAUGAGUGCAGACCUGAGCUCCCGCCCUAUUGACGCGGGAAAUGUGCCUCAAGUUUGUCUCUCGUUCUACUACAUCCUGUACGGGUUAGCUAACCAAACCCUCAAUGUCCAAGUCCUGUCUAGCGACGGAUCCCAGACACCAGUAUUCAGUAGGUCUGUAUACCACAAAACACUGUGGGAGAGAGGGAUUGCCCAGUUCUCUCCAACCACUGUCUUCCAAAUCAUCUUCGAUGGCACGAGUGACAGGGGGAAUAGCUACAACACCGGGGCCUUCAUUGCGCUGGAUGACGUCAUAUUGUUACCCUCCAGCUGCCCUCUUCAAAGUGUUUGUGACUUUGAGGUCGAUUCCUGCGGGUUCACUCAUCUGGCUCCCACAUCGUUCACGUGGGUAUUGACCGAUGCUUUGUCCGGGGUCACAAAGACGGACCACACAACAGGAAAUGUAAACGGCCACUACCUCGAGGCAGUUUCCACGCCGGACCUCCCCAACAACUCAACAGCGUCUUUCCUGAGCCGCCCCAUGAACGCCUCGGCACCUGGAGCGCCCAUGUGCGUCACCUUCUGGCAUUACGAGGAGGCAAAGUCGCCGAGCCUCUCGUACGCCACAAAGAGAUCGGGCGAUCACACUGUCUCGAGAACUAGUUGGGUGUCUAACCCCAGCGUGCGUAACCCAUGGAUGUACACUGCCUUCAACGUUCAGGGAUACACACAAUUCCAGAUUCAAUUCGAGGUAACGGCACCUGCUCAUACAGCAGUCAGUGUUGCGCUCGACGAUAUCCAAGUGCUUCCUGGCAAAUGUCCGAACGCGGGGACCUGUGACUUUGAGACUGGGAUGUGCGGUUACUUUUCUCUCCAAGGCCCAAGCCAAAUACCAUGGCUGUUGACCAAUGGACAAGGGGCUGAAAAGGUGUUCCACAGCGGCCCACCUGUGGACCACACUACGCGCUCUGUACGAGAUGCAAAGCCCCUCGAUGUGUAUGGUCUAGACAUAUACGGAAACAGAACCCACUUACACUCACUAACAGCCAAGCCCCAGGAAAGCUGGAAAAGACAGUUAGUGGACAUCACGAAGCCAUACCAGCUUAUGUUUGAGACAGAAAUAGCCAGCUCGAGCUCCUAUGAAAUGGCGUUGGACGAUAUCCAAGUCUUCCAAAGCACUUGUGCUGAUGUCUCGUAUCACCCGACCCAAACACCGCUGGAGCCGUUUGACAAGACAUACCCCGCAAGUCCUCUGGACUGUCACUUUGACAGUGGUAGAUUCUGCUCAUGGACGCAGCCUGCAAACAUUCACCUUCUCUGGACCACGGCUAACACGUCCUUUCACAACUUUUCAGGGACGCCUUAUGACCACACUCAAGAGAACGGACUGGGACUGUUUCUGACCACUUCUGGUCAGAAAUUUGGUCUCAAGGCCAGCCUAGAGAGUCCAGUCAUUCAGCGGUCAGAGAACGGAACUUGUCUGCGGUUUUGGUACUUUAUGCACGGCGAUGUGGUCGGAGAACUUAGUGUGGUACUUAGUACAGGUGUUGCCGGAGAGGUCCCGGUCCCCAUGUGGCAGAAACACGGAGAUCAGGGAGAUAGGUGGGUUCACGGCACAGUCUUCGUCUCCCCGGACCUGCCAGCAAUAAACAACAGCAAUACAUUCCAGUUAUUCAUCCAGAAUACCUUGCCCUAUUUAAGAUCAGCGGAUACCAGACUGGACGAUAUUACGUCACACGACGGACCCUGUCAGGAUUCAAUUGAUUUCUGUGACUUUGAGGACCCUGGCCUGUGUGGCUACAUCCAGGACACCACCGAGUAUUCCGACUGGUCCUGGCACCAUGCUGAGGUCAAGGUCAACAACGUGACACAGUUAGAGGAAGACCAUACCUACAGCACGCACUCUGGUCACUACAUGGUUCUCAAUGGCGGAGUAGGUAGCACCGCCCGCCUCUUGUCCCCGAUGUUGCCAGCGUCCAAGGUGCAUUGUCUCAACUUCUUCUACUACAUAACAACUGGCACCUUGCGGAUAAAAGUUCUGGAUGUGGAAGGCUAUAGCUACGUUUUGUGGACCCGGUGGAAUAGUACAGAUCUUGUAUGGAGAACAGCUUUCGUACAGAUAUCGAGUAGCCUCCAGUUUCAGUUCGCAUUUGAGGGUUUAGGCGGACAGAUUAUAGCAUUUGAUGACGUCAGCUUGGUUCCUGGUUUUUGCCCCGACCCCGGGUCAUGUGACUUUGAGAAUGGUCUCUGUGCAUACUCCAACAACAGACAAGGGGACGACUUUGAUUGGUUGACUACGACAGGAUUACCAGCUACACCAGACCACACUUAUGGACAAGGGAGGGAGGGCCACUUUGCGUACAUUCGUUCAGCACCGCCUCGCCACGUCUCUGAUAUUGCCAGACUGAGUUCCCAAAUGUUGCCCCCGACGCAAGGGUCCUGUCUCACCUUCUACCAUAGGGCAAUGGGGGACGGCAAAGGCACACUGGCUGUGUUUCUACUCAUCGAGGAUGAGGAUACCCUCUUACCUGUGGCUUCCAUUACAGGGCCAAAAGGUUUGUGACCAAGUCCCUGACUGCGCCGACCGGUCCGACGAAUCCCUCUGCGGAUCAUGCACCUUCACCUUCAACAUGUGCGGCUACCAGUCCGUCUCGACCGGUUCCCUCAACUCCGACUUCCGGUGGCGUAUCGGAAAUAACAACACCUUGAUGCAAGACAUCCAUCUCGGGAACGACUAUACGCAAGGUUCACCGAUGUCCAAUCAACUGUUUUUGUCCAACUUUUUCGGCGGUUCCGACUCUCCACAAGAGCUGGCUCUCGUGAGGUCUCCUCUCAUCAGGUACACGUACCAAACCUGCCAGCUUAACUUUUACUACAAGUUCUCUGAUUCGUCCUGUGGGCCCCUUGAAGUCCUUUUACAGUUUGAACGAGAGCUGAUUUCUGUCCUGACUGUAGACCAGGCUUCCCUGUAUACGUCGGGUGUGUGGACACUAGGCUCAGUUGUCAUCGGUAGGGUGACCAAGUCUUUCAGCAUCCUCUUCGGAGGUGGACGCGGUUGUUGGCUUGGCUUUGUCUCAAUCGAUGACAUCGCACUGGUCAACUGUGCAGCGCCUCCCAAAACUACCUCAACCUGCGACCAAUCACAAUUCACAUGUGGUAGUGGCCACUGUGUGGACAAGGUGCUGACCUGUGACCUCUCUGAUGAUUGCGGGGAUGGUACCGAUGAGCGAACAUGCAAUAACACCGGCCAGGCGUGUGACUUUGAGAGUCAGUCUCUGUGCGUGUGGCGCCCAGACCCCUCGUCCUCGUGGAGACGUGGCACUGGGAGAGAGGCGCUGACGCCAGGUCGUGACCACACUACCGGGACUAGUAGAGGACACUUCCUGUACCAGGAAACCCCGCAGCACGCGGGAACUGCUCGACUCAUCAGCGAUACCUUCAGAGCUGCCUCAACUGCCGACAACUGUCGCCUGACUCUCCACUACUUCACACAAGGCGAUCCACGGUGCACCCUCACCGUAUUCACCAUGACCUCUGAUCCAGGUCAACUCAACACGCUCUUCAAGAUACCAAUGACGGGCCAGAACUUCUGGAACCGUCGCGUUGUCCAGCUCGUGUCAGCUUCCAAUUUUCAGGUGAUAAUCCAGCUGGACGGCCCACGAGAUGCUAGAGCGAAGGCUGCUAUUGACGACGUGUCCUUCAGCAUGGGUUGUACCCAGAGUGGUGCUAAGUUACCAAGCCCAUCGCAGCCUAUUUCAACAACAACAACACCCAUAACAAACACAUGCGGCGACGAAAUGUUCCCUUGCGGAGACGGCUCCUGUGUGUCACAUGACCUUGUGUGCGACAUGCUGCGGGACUGUCCUGGAGGCGAAGACGAAGCUGCAUGUGGUCAGUCGUGUGAGUUUGAACAGGGUUCGACUUGUGGCUGGCACUCUCUCAGCUCAGGGGCCUUCGACUGGUCCAUCCGUACACCAAGUACGGCCGACAGCGUCGGACCUUCCGUAGACUGGGGAUUGGGGACAGCGGCAGGUCAGUACAUGUAUGUCUCGCACAGCCACGGGAUCCAUACGUCAGACGCUGUGCUUGCCAGUAACUCCAUGCCAGCGGUCAGAGCGUCUUGCAAUGUCUCUUUACACUACUACAUGAGUGGAAACAUUGCAGGGAGUCUGUACCUCGAGGGAAAUUACAGAGGGGCAGUGCUGUUCCGGAAGUUACUCUCCGCCAGUUCGUCUAUAGGUUGGACAGGUUUCGAACUCUCUAUUGGAGCAGCGUUGCGUGAUUCAGGCUUGAGUCACACGACUUACGUAAAGGGUGGGUGGCAGCUGAAGAUUGUGUUCUCAACAAAGGAAACAUACUCGCCUGACUCGCAUAUUACUAAUAUAGCCGCUGUGGACAGUAUUCGUUUCACGGGCUGCUCCAGGAACCUGUGGGAUGAUUCGUCCUGUGAUUUUGAUAGCGGGGAUACGUGUUCUUGGCUUCAGGUGUCGAGCGAUGCUUUCGACUGGGAGCUGCAGAAAAAUGUCACCUAUGGACCUGACGGAGAUCAUGCUGGGGUUGACGAUGAUGGUGAUGACGACGGAACAUUUCUUGUGGCAGAAAGCGCGGGUCAACAUCUUUGGGACGAGGCUGUGUUAGAAACACCGUAUCUUGGUCGCACAGACGCCCCCGGUAUGGUGUGCCUUAUGUUCUGGUACUACAUGCGUGGGUCUGAAGACGGAAAUCUUUCAGUGAAAACAACAGAAGCAAUGUUUAGAAACACUUCCGGGUCUGUGACGGGUGGGGUGAGCCAAGAAGUAUUUCACCACGCCGGCGCUGGACCGGAGAAAUGGGUGGCGGGUUUCGCGGAAUACAAAGCGUACAACAGACACAAGAUCAGUAUAACAGCUACUGUGAGCGGAGGGAAGUUUGGCGACAUCGCAAUAGACGACAUCCGAGCGACCAACGGUUCGUGUCCUCCACAAAGUGUGUGCACUUUUGAGCAAGGCCUCUGUGGCUGGGCUGUGACCAGUCAAACUAACAUGUGGACGAUCAGCAAAGCUAACAGCAGCUCUUCACUAUCCGUACCUAUGACUGACCACAGCACGGGUUCAGUAUCCGGUCACUUUGUUUUGUUGCAAGCCCCUCCCGGAGCGGCUCCCGGAGUUGAGUCUACGAUGACCAGUCUACUCAUGACGUCAACGUCGUCCGUGCAGUCCGGGAGUGCUGUGUGUCUGGUCUACUGGUAUCGGAUGGGCGGCGCAGUAGCUAAUGAAAUCAGCGUGUACCGGUAUGACGCUAACGUUGAAACACCAGCAUUGCUGUUGCAGAGAACUGGGCCAGUAGAUGAUUUCUGGAGAAGGGAGUAUGUGAAUGUAAAGCCUUCUCUGAACAACAACUAUCAUAUCAAAAUCAUUGGAAGUUUAGCUGGAGCCAGCAGCUAUGUUGCCCUUGAUGAUCUCGUCUUGCAAGAUUCCGCUUGUCCCAGUCCAGGAAACUGUGACUUCGACGAGGGUAUGUGUGGAUUUUCCAAUGUUGCUGGCUUGGAUCAGUUUGACUGGGUGCUUGACGUAGGUGAAUCGAGCACCGGUUCAGCCAAUGGUUUUGUGACAGCCCGUGUGGACACUGGUAUCAAAACUGGGAACUCAGCAAUUCUGGUAAGCGACCCCUUUCAGAACAAAGUGAAUUGUGGUUUUGUAUUGAAGUUUAAAAUAAAAAUUUCUGAUCCUACCUCGUAUAAGGCAGACCCAGGCGUUUCCGUUUAUUCACGGAGUCUUUCGGCACCCUUUUCUGGUAAACUUCUGUUGAAGAAACUCGGGCUACAGCCGACAAAUGCCUGGACAGACAUUUCUUUACCUAUCCCAAAUUUAUUUGCAAAGCUUCAAGGAGUGCAGGAAUUGGUGUUUGAGUACGUGUACCCUGGAAGUAGUAACGUAGUGGUCAGUCUCGAUCAGAUGGACUUGGACGCAGACUGCCCAAACGUCCCUGGCCUCUCAACUCCAGGGACAACGUCUACAUCUUCCAGUACAGCAACCCCUGCAAGCUCCAGUGGGAAUUCAGGAACAAGCAGUGGCCCCACCAAAGGUAGAAGAAGCAGCAGCAGCAGCACACCUAGCACCACCAGUGGUAGAAGCAGCAGCAGUAGCAGCAGUAGCAGCAGAAGCAGCACAAACAGUGGCAGUGGGGGUAGAACCAGCACCCCUAGCAGUAUCAGCAGGAGUACGACCAACAACGGAAGGGCCGGAAGCAGCACUUACACUCCUCCAGUUCGAGGUACCACCCAGAAAGGAACGCACAAAGCACUGCACAACGGUGACGACUCUGGAGAUGACUGGAAAAUCCCAGUAGCUGUUGUUGCUGCUGUUGUGGGCGUCGGUGUACUUGUACUAGCGGCGAUCUUUGUGUACAAGGCAAGGCACAGAAACGAACAGGGUCAUUCGCGGUUAGUUGAUGAAAUCGAGCCUGGCCGAACCAAUCCCUUGUACACCUACGGAACAGAGCUGAAACUAUCCAUGGACUCGACAACAGCUGAUAAUCCAUUGUAUAAAAGUGCUUCAAAUAUAUAAUAUUAUUUCAACAUAGACUGCUGAAACAUAUGUUAACAACUAUGCUUGUACAUGGGUUUUGUAUACCGAUACUGUGUCUGUAUAACUGUUUUUGUGAGAUUAAUAUGUAUUAUAAUGUUGGGUUGAAUAUAACAAUGUAAAAGGUAUGUUAGCAGUUCUGUGUUCUUGCUUUGUCUUUUAAGUCGGGAAAGUCUAUCGGGGAGGGCACUAAUGGCUCCUCAACAAUGCCUAAGGAUAAUGAGGAAAUUAAGUCUUACUUGGCAAGCUGAUUUAUGUUUUGAAAGGGCUUAUGCGAAAACACAGACCAGAAGAUGCAUCAUUUUAUUAGAAAUGUAGUGUAUAAUUCAGAAGUUGAAAAGCGCCUUCUUGGCAGUCGCUACUUUUACAUCCUCAAAUAGUGGUUCACGUCAAGAUUUCUUAUUCGCCUCAAUGGGGGCAAUGUCUUUAGUGAUAGAUUGUAAUAAUCAUAUCAAUGUUAUUAUCGAGCGCCUGAUACCAUUUUAGGGACUAACGUAUCUACUUUACAAAGAGUAGGAGUACAGACUGUUCUCUAAUAUAUCAUAAACGUACUUCUUUUAUUAACGGAAACAAAGCGGUUUUUUGAGUUUGUUUGUUUGUUUGUUUUUUGUAAAUUGCGUGUAAACAUGUGUAAAUAUUUUUUAAAAGGCAACCUUUUCAUAGUGGACAUUCCUUACCACCCUCCAGAAAAUUUAUCGACAAAUAAAAUUAAUGGUCGCUGCCUCCAGCGAUUCUUCAACCCAAAGUUAGCUUUAUAGACAGGAUAUACAUGUCUUAUAAACCUUGCUCAUAUUAUCUUUUAAUAAUUAUAUUUAAAUC